ACGUAUUAUUCAAAAAAUGUUGGAUCUUUUUGAACUAUUUAGAGAUCCAUCGCGGAAAAAGUUGACACAAAGUGCGUGAAUUGGUCACAUGUGUAUCUACAUACAGUGGCUAAGAGAGUGUAAAUAGUAUCUACUACUUUCAUGGCUUUUGGUUCAGAUGCUCAAGUGAGACUUGUUCUGCUUUUUCUUGGAAACAUCUUAAAACACAUGAUUAGCUGCGUUCCACAUAUUUACUUUUCAGGUGGGUCUUUCGUUGACGUUGAGGCAAACUUUUUCUUUUUUCGUUAGACACGUUUUGAGUUGAGUUCUUAAGCAGAAAUAAUGGAGAUAUCAGAUGAGUAAAAAAAAGCUAGUACUGGUCAGAGAAUGAUUCUUUCUGUCUUCUUCUAUAUGUUUUUGCUGCAUAUUCGUCGAUUAGAUUGUUUUGUUGCAGUUCAAGACUCCAAAACAUUGUUCAAAGGUUCAACAUUGAUCAAUGACAGCCAUGGAGAGACUCUUGUUUCAGCUGGUCAGAGAUUUGAGCUUGGCUUCUUCACUCCUAAUGGAAGCUCCGACGAAAGAAGGUACUUAGGGAUUUGGUUUUACAAUUUACAUCCACUGACUGUUGUCUGGGUUGCAAAUCGUGAAUCUCCGGUUCUUGACCGUUCCUGCAUUUUCACCAUCUCUAAAGAUGGGAAUCUUGAAGUUAUUGAUUCAAAGGGAAGAGUGUAUUGGGACACCGGUGUUAAACCUUCCUCAGUAUCUGCGGAGAGAAUGGUAAAGCUGAUGGAUAAUGGUAAUCUUGUGUUGAUUAGUGAUGGAAAUGAAGCAAAUGUGGUUUGGCAGAGUUUUCAGAAUCCUACUGAUACAUUUCUCCCAGGGAUGAGGAUGGAUGAGAAUAUGACUUUAUCAUCAUGGAGAAGCUUCAACGAUCCAUCACAUGGAAAUUUCACCUUUCAGAUGGAUCAAGAAGAAGACAAACAGUUCAUCAUUUGGAAAAGAUCAAUGAGAUACUGGAAAUCCGGAAUUUCGGGUAAAUUCAUAGGAUCCGACGAGAUGCCUUAUGCGAUUUCUUACUUUCUUUCCAAUUUCACAGAGACUGUUACUGUUCACAAUGCCUCUGUGCCUCCUCUCUUCACAUCUUUGUAUACCAAUACAAGGUUCACCAUGAGCUCCUCUGGUCAAGCUCAGUACUUCAGGUUAGAUGGAGAAAGAUUCUGGGCACAGAUUUGGGCUGAACCUAGAGAUGAAUGUAGUGUAUACAAUGCUUGUGGAAAUUUUGGUAGCUGCAACAGCAAGAAUGAGGAAAUGUGUAAGUGUUUGCCAGGUUUUAGGCCUAAUUUCCUGGAGAAAUGGGUCAAGGGAGAUUUUUCUGGUGGAUGUUCCAGGGAGUCAAGGAUCUGUGGUAAAGACGGUGUUGUGGUGGGAGACAUGUUCUUGAAUCUGAGUGUGGUUGAAGUAGGAAGUCCGGAUUCACAGUUUGAUGCACAUAAUGAAAAAGAAUGCAGAGCAGAGUGCUUGAAUAAUUGCCAAUGCCAAGCUUACUCAUAUGAAGAAGUUGAUAUACUUCAAAGCAAUACCAAGUGCUGGAUUUGGUUGGAGGAUCUCAAUAAUCUCAAGGAAGGCUAUUUAGGUAGCCGCAACGUUUUCAUUCGCGUAGCAGUUCCAGAUAUAGAGUCGACCAGUAGAGAUUGUGUGACCUGCGGUACGAAUAUUAUUCCUUAUCCUUUGAGCACGGCUCCUGGAUGUGGCGACAGUAACUACCUUAGUUUCAACUGCAAUAUGUCGACUGGGCAAGUCAUUUUCAAAGGAUCUAACAGCUCAUACAAUAUUACAAGUAUCAAUCCGGAUACUCGCAGAUUCUUGAUCAAAAUAAAAGAUGUGGUAGUAAACUGCACAACUGUAAAUCAGAUCAGCAGACUUUCAGAGUUAAAGCUAUCUUCGCCUUUUCAUCUCACGGGGAAGUGCAACGCAGACACGGUUACUGGUGGAACUGAAGUGGAGAUUCGUUGGGAUCCUCCUCUUGAGCCAACUUGCUCUUUAUCUGCAGACUGUAAAGACUGGCCUAAUUCAUCUUGCAGUAAAUCUGGAGAAGGGAAGAAGCAGUGCUUCUGCAAUCAUGAUUUUAAGUGGAAUGGAUUCAAUCUAAACUGCACUCAAGAACGAGGUCGAGGAAGAUACGGGGAAGCUAAAACCCCGGUGGUUUUGAUCAUUGUGGUGACGUUUACAAGUGCAGCUAUUCUGGUCGUUCUGUCAAGCACUGCUUCCUAUGUAUUUUUGCAAAGAAGAAAAGUAAACAAGGAACUAGGAAGUAUACCAAGAGGAGUUCAUUUAUGUGACAGUGAGAGACAUAUCAAAGAAUUGAUUGAAUCGGGAAGGUUUAAACAAGAUGAUAGUCAGGGCAUAGAUGUUCCAUCUUUUGAGCUCGAGACCAUCCUAUAUGCAACAUCCAACUUCUCAAAUGCAAACAAGCUAGGCCAAGGAGGGUUUGGACCGGUUUAUAAGGGAAUGUUUCCUGGAGAUCAAGAGAUUGCUGUGAAGAGGCUAUCUCGCUGCUCGGGUCAAGGACUGGAGGAAUUCAAGAAUGAAGUUGUUUUGAUUGCCAAGCUCCAACACCGGAAUCUUGUUCGACUUCUUGGCUAUUGUGUUGCUGGAGAAGAGAAACUGUUAUUGUAUGAAUACAUGCCACACAAAAGCUUAGACUUCUUCAUCUUCGACCGGAAGCUUUGCCAGCGAUUAGAUUGGAAGAUGCGUUGUAAUAUCAUUCUAGGAAUCGCUCGUGGACUUCUCUAUCUGCAUCAAGACUCUAGACUGAGAAUCAUCCACAGAGAUCUAAAAACAAGCAACAUUCUGUUAGAUGAAGAGAUGAAUCCCAAGAUCUCUGACUUUGGCUUGGCUAGAAUAUUUGGAGGCAGUGAAACAUCAGCCAAUACUAAUAGAGUUGUUGGAACCUAUGGAUACAUGUCUCCAGAGUAUGCUUUAGAAGGUCUUUUCUCAUUCAAAUCAGAUGUCUUUAGUUUCGGCGUGGUUGUGAUUGAAACUAUCAGCGGGAAGCGUAACACCGGGUUUCAUGAACCUGAGAAAUCUUUAAGCCUUCUAGGCCAUGCGUGGGAUCUCUGGAAAGCGGAAAGGGGGAUUGAGUUAUUGGAUCAGGCUUUACAAGAAUCAUGCGAAACCGAGGGAUUCUUGAAGUGCUUGAACGUAGGACUUCUCUGUGUACAAGAAGAUCCUAAUGAUCGUCCUACAAUGUCAAAUGUUGUUUUCAUGCUCGGAAGCAGCGAAGCUGCUACUCUUCCUACUCCAAAACAACCGGCUUUUGUUCUUAGACGUUGCCCUUCAUCAAGCAAAGCUUCCUCAUCCACCAAGCCAGAAACUUGCUCUGAAAAUGAGCUUACCAUAACUCUUGAAGAUGGAAGAUAAUAAUAGUUUUCAACAUUCAUUUGAGCCAUCAGCUAACUUUUCUGUAUUUAUUCUCAAUAAGCAUAAGAUUUCAACCGAAAAAAAAAACUGUAAUAGCUCAUCAACCUAAGUCCUGAAACAGAGAAACUUUCAAUGAAAU